AUCGUGCCUCUUGGGAAGAGAAGGUAAGAUAUGCAUUACCCGUAUAGGAUGCUUCGUGAAGAGCAGGACUAGUGACAACAGCCGCUUGUAUCCCGUCGAUGAUACUAGUAUUGGCAGGGUUUUAAGUGAAAAACCCCAACCUUCCUUGAAAGAAAUGGAGGGUUUAGGAAACAAAUUAGUGGUAGGAGCUCCAACCCAUAUCCCCCUGCAACACCAACAAUGGAGAAGAAGACACUGUACACAGGCACAUACUUCAUGCUCACCUGUCACACUUCUUACAAUCAGGUCAUCUCUGCACCCUAUCCACAAGGCAGUCCCAGGCCAUGGCCAAGGCCAACAACCCAUAAGACCCAUAGCAUCAAUUCGCACAAAUGCAUUUUCGGCAAAUAUUCCACAAAAAAAUAUUGCAUUAAUUUCAACAAAUUCAUUUGCUGAAUCUAACCCACGAAAGCCUACUGCUUCAAUUGAAACAAAUUCGUCUGUUGAAUCAAACCCACAAAAGCCUAUUGCUUCAAUUGAAACAAAUUCGUCUGAUGACUCAAACCCACAAAAAUCUCCUGUUCCAACUCAAUUUUUUUUUUGCUCUGCAUCAAAUCAACAGGCAGGCAAUCAUAAUACCGUGAACUCAAAUCUAAACCCAAUUGAGAAGCUCAGAAAGGUAGCUAGAGCUGGUCUUUUGGUCGCAACAAUAUCUUUUCUUAGCCUUAAUGCCCAGGGUAUGUUAUUCUGCAGGCCUGCUAGGGCAGCCUGGUAUUGGCCUUUUGGUAAAACUACCGAAGAGAGUACAACUUACAAAACAUUUAAAACCACAGAGGAAUUCUGGAAAAAUGAAAAAGUGCCUUGGGAUUUCAAAGAGAGAGUUUUGGAAAUGAUUGUGAAUGCGAGGCCUAAAGAUGGUGAAGCACUAAAGGGUCUUCUGGCUUUGAGGAUGAGGGAUGGGGAAUUUGACAGCGCCAUUGAAAUUGUAGACACCCUGAUGUACAAGCAGCCCUAUGAAAUGGAGUGGAGGUUGGUCAAGGCUCAGAUCCAGGACUCUGCUGGCAGGCUUGAUGAAGCUAAAGAGGGGUUUCAGUUCUAUCUCACAGUGGACGAAUUCAAUCCCAGAGCUCUUCAGGGGCUAGCAAUGGUAAUGCACAAACAAGGUGAAGAUGCUGCCAUGGGAGAAAUGCUGGAGGAACGUUUACAGAGAGCACUAAAUAAGCAGCUAGAUAAGGAAGCAUAUAACGUUAAGUUACUGUUAGCACAUGCUUACAUUUUGCAGGACAAUCUGGAAGAGGCUCUGAAGCAGUAUCAGCACUUGGUUGAUGAAAAACCUAGAGAUUUUCGACCUUACCUUUGUCAGGGUAUUCUGUACAGUGUCUUAGGUAAGAAUGAUGAAGCUGAGGAACGGUUUGAAAAAUAUCGCAAGCUUGUUCCAAAACGUUUUCCAACUUAUGACUUUCUAGAUAGGGUCAUGAUAACAGCGAAGACUGAAGGACGUAAGCGUUAUGAAGAGAGAAAAAAGGAGGAAGAACUUUUAGCACAAGGGAAAAUGCCUAUGAGGCCUAUGAAAGAACCUAAUAUAGUUGAGGCUAUCCAAGACAUGUCAGAAAAUGAAAGUAACAUAGGUGAAGAAAUUCAAAACGUACCAAAAUCUGCAAGUAAUCAAGUUGAAGACUCUGAAGAUUUACCAGUAUCUGAGUUUAAUAGAGAUGGAGACUCUGAAAGUAAUAUGGAUGGAGAUUCUGAAGUUUUACCAGAAUCUGAAAGGAGCGAGGUUAAAGAUAUUCAAGAUCUAACAGAAGCUGAAAGAAAGGGUUGAGGAAUUGUUCAUACAGCUGGUGAAUUUUAAUCACAUGCUUGUUGUGAGGCAGUACCUAAAUGAAGCAAGGGAUUUGUGAAAGAUUUGCAACCAAUUCAAUGGUUGCGUGGUCUUCUUCUAUCUGGCAUAGAAAGUUUUAUGAAGAUCAUCAAUCAAAUAAUGUAUUUCUAAAUGUGAAGUCUGUUAAGAAGAGGUCUUCAAUGAGAAUCAGCAAGAGUUAAUUUUUUCGAGGAAACUCAUUAUAUGAAAUUCUCUUGGAGAUGAACAAGCAGGGAGUUGUAACCAUAGUCCUUCAUUUGUCUCUGUUCAAAAUUUUUGGUUUUAAUAAAAUAUCAUUGCUAUGCAAUCCUUGGAUAA